AGAAUACCUCUGUCGUCGCGUGUUCUCUCUCUACAAUUUGCCGAUCUAACUCUCUCUCUCCAACCCGAUGGAAAUGGAAACGCUCCCCAACGGCAACUCUGCCGCUACCACCGCCCCAACCGCCGCGCCGCCUGCCCCCGCGGCGGCUGCUCCGUCGACAAAGUUGAGUCAGCUGGCGGAGUCACUGAAACUAGAGCACCAGUUCCUUAGAGUCCCCUUCGAGCACUACAAGAAGACUAUCCGCGCCAACCACCGCAUCGUCGAGAAGGAGAUCUCCGCCGUCAUUUCCGGCGUCUCCGACGCUGCCGAAGCCGAUUUUUCCCGUGACGAUGCUGUUCAUCACCUCAAUUCCCUGGUCUCCAGAUUACAAGGCCUCAAAAGAAAGUUGGGGGAAGGAAGCCGUACAGAGAACUUGCAGGCACAGAGGUGCCGGGCUCGACUUGAUCAUUUAGAAUCAGCAGAUGCAGAGAAUUUGUCAGAAUGGCAAGGCACACGGAUGAAGCGGAUUCUAGUGGACUACAUGUUGCGAAUGUCUUAUUACAAUACUGCAAUAAAGCUGGCGGAAAGCAGCAAUAUACAGGAUCUUGUUGACAUUGAUGUAUUUUAUGAGGCGAAAAAGGUGAUUGAAGCUCUCCAAAAUAAAGAGGUGGCUCCUGCUCUAGCCUGGUGUUCUGAUAACAAGUCUAGAUUGAAGAAGUCUAAGAGCAAAUUUGAAUUCCUGCUGAGACUUCAAGAAUUUAUAGAGUUGGUUAGAGCUGAGAAGCACUUGAGAGCUAUUGGAUAUGCGCGGAAGUACCUUGCACCAUGGGGGCCCACCCAUAUGAAAGAACUGCAGAGGGUCGUGGCUACACUAGCUUUUAAGAGCAGUACUCAGUGUGUGACAUACAAGGUUUUAUUUGAACCAAAACAAUGGGAUUUCUUAGUUGACCAAUUCAAACAGGAAUUCUGCAGGCUAUAUGGAAUGACCUUUGAGUCUUUGCUGAAUAUUUAUCUGCAAGCGGGAUUGUCUGCUCUGAAAACUCCGUUCUGUUAUGAAGACGAUUGUACCAAAGAAGACCCUCUUUCUCAAGAGAGCUUUCGCAAAUUAGCAGCGCCAUUACCAUUUUCAAAGCAGCAUCAUUCGAAGCUCGUGUGCUACAUAAGUAAAGAGCUCAUGGACACCGAGAACCCACCCCUUGUCUUGCCAAAUGGCCACGUCUAUAGCACUAAGGCUCUCGAUGAAAUGGCCAAGAAGAACAACGGCAAAAUCACUUGCCCCAGGACAGGUCUGGUCUGUGACUACUCGGAUGUUAUUAAGGCCUAUAUUUCUUGAAUCCCAUGGCCAUGGCUAUGGCUGACCAAACCAGCUGUAC